AUGGGAGAAGCUGCAGUAUGGGAGAUGAUGAGAAAGAUGAAUACAGAGAAAGACACUGCCUUACACGAAGCGGCGAGAUAUAAUCAUCUUAACGUGGUUCGUAGAUUACUGGCUAAAGAAGAUGUUAAUUAUUGUUAUUUAGCUAAUGAAGCUGGUGAAAGUCCACCUUACCUAGCCGCUGAGAGAGGCUAUGGUGAUAUUCUGUCUGAAAUUUUGGAAACCUGCACUUCGCCAGAAUACAAUGGCCCUAAUGGUAGAACAGCUUUGCAUGAAGCAGCAAUCAGCAAUGAUGCAGAAAUGACGAGAAGAAUAUUGCGCAAAACCAAUACUGAUCUCACCAAAAAAAUUGAUCAACAAGGAUGGACUCCACUGCACCAUGCUUCACACUUUGGUCACUUGUUAAUCGUGAAGCUGCUACUAGAUGCUGAUAAAUCUGCAGCUUACAUUGGCGAUGAAGAUGGAAGAAUGACCCCUCUUCACAUUGCUGCUAGCCAGGGCGAUGGCCAUGUGAAUGUUAUUAAAAGUAUUGCAUCUCAUUGUCCAGAUUGCUGCGAACUUGUCUAUGACAGAGGCCGGAAUGUUCUGCAUUUUGCUGAGGAAAGCUAUGGUAUUGAAGCAUUGCGUGCUUUUCUUCAAAAUCCAUUCAUGUCCAAUCUCAUAAAUCAGAAAGAUGAAGAAGGGAACACACCUCUCCACCUGCUUGCUGCUCUUGGGCUUAACUGUACAACUCUGAUAAAGCAUCCCCUUGUUGACAAGAAUGCUACUAAUAAGGAUAACUUGACUGCUCUGGACAUUGUUUUGCCCACAACUGACAUUGUGGAAGCUAGUUUAACAAAGGUAUUACAACUUAAACCAUUACACACAUGA